AUGGCAGAAAAUUUGGGCAGCGAGUUCGCGUCUCCGUGUCCGCCGGCCAGUGCACAAACAGCUUCACUAACGCCGCAGUUGUUGGCGUCACCUAGCGCCGAUAGGCAGAAUUUUCCGGCUGGCUCCAUUGUGCAGCAGCAACAAAUUUCCGCAACAUCGGUUGCUAUGAGCAACAACCCGACGAAUAACAAUAACAUCAGCAAUAAUAAUAAUAAUACGAAUAAUAAUACAAAUAAUAAUAAUAAUAAUGUAUUUUUCAGUAAUAGUAGCAUCAACAACAACAACAACAAUAAUAUGAUUAUGAAUAAUAAUAGCUUCGCCGCCACUAAAAAUUUAUUCACCAAUGAUAAUAGUAAUAAUAAUAAUAACAACAUUAUGUUGAUUGACAAGCAAAGGCUGACCGAUCUAGCGAAAGAGGUCGACCCCAUGUUACAAUUGGAGGAGGACGUCGAGGAGAUGCUGAUAAUGAUAACGGACGACUUCAUCGAUAAUGUCGUCUCUACGUCAUGUGACCUGGCUAAAAAUAGAAAGUCGAACGCGCUCGAGGUUAAAGACCUACAGCUCAUAUUAGAACGAAACCACAACAUCUGGGUUCCAGGGUUUGGAACGGAGGAGAUAAGGCCAAUCAAGAAGAGUCACAUGGCCGAGGCUCACAAGCAAAGAUUAAAUUUAAUCAAGAAGACACUGAAAAAGAUUUAA